AUGGCACCCCCUCAUGUUGAACUAGCUGGGAAAGACGUAGGUCGGAUCGGUUACGGUCUCAUGCAACUCACUUGGACACCUAAACCUGUCCCGGAGGAAGAGAGUUUUGCAGCUAUGAAGGCCGCAGCUGAUAACGGUUGUGUCGCUUGGUCUACGGCGACUUUUUAUGGUAACCCAGGACAUCAUCUUGAUAACUUGACGCUUAUUGGUAAAUUCUUCAAGAAGUACCCGGAAUAUUCCUCUCGCGUCGUCAUCGUCUGUAAAGGUGGUUCCGAUGAAAACAUACGUCCGGUCAAAGAGAACAGACUUGAUUUUUAUCGAAACGAUUUGAAAAACAUCAAUUCUUUACUCGGUCGUACGGUUGAUGUAUACUCGGUGGCACGAUUACCACCUGGUAUUCCUAUCGAAGAAGUUUUUGCCGAUCUUAAGGUUUUGAAAGAUGAAGGAUUGUGUAAAGAGAUUGGUGCGAGUGAGAUGAGUGCGCCAAGUUUGGAAAAAGCUAACAAGAUUGUACCUAUUAAAAUCGUCGAAAUCGAAGUUUCCCUCUGGUCAUGGGAUACAGUCAUUCAAGAUGCAGUCAAAUGGUGUGGUGAUCACAAAGUACCAAUCUUCUGUUAUUCACCUCUCGGAAGAGGAUUCAUAAUUCGAAAAUUCAAAACUCCAGAAGAUAUUCCAGACGGUUCGUUUCAAAAAUAUCUACCUAGGUUUCAAGGUGAAGCAUUUUAUGAAAACCUUAAAUUGGUUGAUCAACUUGAUGAGUCUGCUGAAAAAGCUGGAGUGACGACUGGUCAAUUGGCAUUAGCUUGGAUUUUGAGUUUGAACGAUUAUACUAUCCCAAUUCCAGGUUCUUCAAACCCAAGUCGUAUAACGGAAAACGCCGCUGCUGCGAAUAUCACCUUGUCCGAAGAAGACAAGAAAACUUUGAAUAGCACUUUGGCCAAGUUUGAUCCUAAAGGAGGUAGAUACCCCGAUUUCAUGAAGGGUUUGCAAAUGCAAUAA